GUACACCCCCAUCACCCGAAAAGCAAAAGAAUCUUCAUCCUCAUCACACCAUUAUUUCCAUUAAUUCCUGCUUCCUCCUCUUCCUCUUCCUCUCCGAGAAACCAAACCAAUCAAAGGAGGCGGCUUCUUUUCAUCGACGACAACCUAUCCUUAAUCUCAUAACCAAAGCCCCAUGGCGGAUAAGGGUGUACCACUGCCAAAGUUUGGUGAAUGGGACGUCAAUGAUCCAGCAUCAGCGGAGGGGUUCACAGUAAUCUUCAACAAGGCUAGGACUGAGAAAAAGGCUGGUGGCAGACCUGAGUCACCAUCAAAGGAUGACUGCACAUAUAAGCAUGGAGCAGUUCUCGGAAAGCCUCCCACUAAAAAAUGGUUUUGCUGCUUGCGUGCGGAAUCGUGAGGAAGCUCCCACCAUGUCGUAGAUUUUACAGAAAAUGCUAUUACGUAUUUAUGUCCCCAUGCCGUUAUAUAUUCCAGAAGACUGGAGCUAUGUUCAAAAGCCGUGAUUGGUCCUGCUGGAAUCUGUUUGCUGUCUUUUUGAACAUUUGGUAGAAUUGUGGGCUUAUUUGGGAGACAAAUGAUUGAAGAACGUUGCUGUAUUAUGUUUGUGUACUGGUAGACUAAUAUUUAUGUCAAGUUUGUUUCUUAGUUGUUGAUUUCAAGUC